UUAUUUUGCGUAUAUUCAAAUCAAGAGUGGUUUGAUACAGGGCCAAAAUGUUCAUAAAGCUUUAGGUUUCAUUUUCGUUUAGUGCAGUGCUAUACAAUUGCUGUGGAUAUUCCUUUUCCGGAGAAUGAAAGCGUGACGAUGGAAUAAAAGGACAAUUUUCGGUUGCCCCUUCUACAUGCAGGAGGUGUCUGGUUCGGCCUUUUCCAUCUACCCUGAAUUCACAGCAGAAUGGAGCGAUGUGAUUUCGUGCAGUCCUUGCUUUGAAAGGAAUGGCUAACCGCUGGCAAAGGGCAGGUGUUCGAGUCACCUGAAAAUCUCCUGUCCAGACCACAUAACAAUCAGUUGCUGCCAGAACUGUGAGCUUUUCCAACAUUUUCUGUGUUUAUAAUACAGGAUAUUACUGUACCCAUUAACCACUUUGUAUGAAGAGGAAACUAAAUAGAGGAAGAAAGAUUCCCACUGUGAAGAAUUCCCCCGCUUUGCGAUAACUUCAAAUGCAUUCUUCUCGGCAAAUAUUGAGACCAAAUGGCUUCUAAGGUCAAAAAAACUGCAGGCAUGACUCCACGCAAAUGAUCAGAACCUCACAAGUCAAAUCUUGCCGCCCGGAGCCCACGUGAUUUUCUGUAAACGAUCAGCGUAUAAGUUCCUGGAAACGGGCGCAGCAGCGAGCUGCUUUCAGUUUCGGCGUGAGUGGAGUUGUUGCUUACGAUGGCUAAUGGAACUACUGAUUUCUCUUUGUGGUCGCAAUGCAGGUGCAGAUUACUGGGAUGAGCACCGGUGGAAUUAAGGAAGUGCUGGAGAGUAACCAUGGUCACCUGGUGGAGUGUCUCAGUUUGGAAGCCGACCAUGUCCUUGAAGAGGCCAAGGGUAUCCUCAGCGAGGAGGAGCUGAACCUUGUCAUGAGCCAAGGAACCAAUGUGGAGAAAGUUUCACUGCUGCUAAACAAAUUGAUGACCAAAGAUAACGACACCUGCAAGAAAUUCAUUGAAACUGUCAUUAUCAUUAUGCCCUGCAACUCAUUCCCUAUGUGUCUCGAGAACAUGCUUAUGACAGCUGGAGAUAAUGAAACAGAAGGUUUGUUGCACCAGCAACAGAAUGAAUCUAAUUCCGACAAUACACAAGUAGAAUCAAGUGUCACAGAUGCUGGAAGAAAACGGAAAGCAGCACAAGUGGCAAACCCUAAACCUACUGAAGUAAAACGAUCGAGAAAAGGUAACCAUUGCAAAGCAGCAGCAGUAAAAUCCAGUUCUGUGGCCACUUUCACCAGCACUCUGUUGAACCCAAACCUGCUAGAAAUGGACAGUACAUCAUUUCAAACUGGAGAAGAGUAUUUGAAUUUGCCAGCAAUUUCAGACUCUGCAGAGGAUUAUAAAUCAUUAAUGAUAAAGACCAUCUCUCAGAAAUAUGAAGCCAACAUCGCAAAAGCAGAUGAAAUGAAACAAGUGAUCCUUGACCAGACAUUUAGAAGCCUGACCAUGAAGGAUGGAAAUGUGGCGAAACUGAAGGAGAGAAUAGAUGCUAGUCGGGAUGAUGUGUUCAGUUCACCAGGGCUGGAAGAGAGUCAGGACUCAGUUGCAAACCUAGCAGAGUUCCUCAACAGAAAGCAUGUCUCCAAUUGUCGCGUGCACAUUCUACUUGGAAAAGCAGGAACUGGAAAGACCAAGUUAAUGCACAAAAUUUGCUAUGAGUGGACGCAAGGGGCCGUUUGUCAGUUCCAGUACAUCUUUUUGUUUGAGUUCCGCCAACUGAAUCUCAUCAAAAAAAGCAUAGAUCUGAAGAGUAUGUUGUUUGACUUGUUUCUUCAGCCGGAAAGGAACUCCCAUUCCGUAUUUAGAUUUAUAGUAAGAAACCCAGAGAAGAUUUUGAUCCUGUUUGAUGGAUUCGAUGAGUUUGCAGGGAAAGCCUCUGUCCACACCUCGGCUGUUUCCAGUGAUCCCAUUGCACCACUAUCAGUGGGACAGUUAUUUUCCAGCUUGUGUCAUGGGAAACUGCUACCUGGAUGUACAAUUCUAAUAACUUCCAGGCCCAAAGACAUCCUCUGCUUGCCUUUAGAUGUUGUGGGUCAGGUAGGGGAAGUCUCGGGUUUCAACCAGUGUAAAAUCGAAGAAUAUGCCAGUCGUUUCUUCAAGAACAGUGAACACAAUCGUCAGGCAACCUGCCACUUGCAGAAGAAUAGGAAGGUAUUAAACACGUGCUCUAUUCCAGCCAUGUGCUGGGUCGUUUUCCUCUGUCUUGAGCACUUGUUAUCUCAAAAUUGUUUAGAACCCAAGCUACCUCAUACAAUGACACAAUUCUAUAUUAAGAUGCUUACUGUGUUUUUAAGGAAAGGUACCAAUACUAAAGUGGCAAAUGUUAAUACUGAAAACCAACUGCUAAACAAACACAGAGAAGAGAUUCAGGGACUUUGCAAUCUUGCAAGAAAGGGGCUCCAGGAGAGUAAGUCUGUGUUUUAUUUAAGAGACCUCCUCUCUGAAAAGGUCACUCAUUUUGCUUCCUCAUAUGGGUUUCUUACCACUUUUGAAGUGAAGACAAUUGAUCAGAACCAGGAAAACGGACACGCCUUUGUUCACUUGACCCUCCAAGAGUUCCUGGCAGCACUUCAUCAGAUGAUUGACAGCACAAUUACUGACCAAAUGCUAAAGCGCAGGUUUUACCUCAAAUCAAAAUGGACGUCGAAGAAUGAUGUGAGAAAUGAGUUCACUGAUGCUGUUCACAUAUUUUUAUCUGGAUUAGCUUCAAAAGGAUGUAAGCAAUUCCUUAGUAUCUUGUCGAGCAAGAAUGAAGAGUGGGUGCAAAAGAAGCAGAAGGCCAUUUUACAGAACUUGCAAAAGUUAGCCACCACAAAUCUAACCGGGCCAAAAAUAAUUGAAUUGUGCCACUGUGUGUACGAGACACAAGACUGUGACCUUGCGCGGGAAGUUGCAGCACAUUUAAAGUCCAAAUUUGAGCUUCGAAACUUCAGGCUUACUCCAGUGGAUAUGACUGUUUUGACUUUUGUUAUAAAUAGUGGAGCCUGCUGCAUCUGCCUGGAUAUUGGAGGUUGUGCCAUGGACCUAGAAACUGUCGCCGUUUUGGGAACUUGCAAGAACAUUGAAAUUUUUGUUUUCAAAAGCAGAAAAUACGAGGACAAAUUUGCUGGAACGUUAUCUGAAAUCAUUCCUAAAGUCAACAGCCUAAAGAAACUUAUCCUUACAUCCUGCAGUAUUAGCAUGAAGGGUGCUGUCCACUUGUCUUCUGCACUGAAAAUCUGUCACCAUCUGGAAGAAAUAAACUUACAAGAUAAUGAACUGGGGGAUGCUGGGAUUGCAGUACUUGUUGAUGCGCUUCCUCAAAUGGGAAGCCUGAGAAAAAUUGAAUUGGGUGGCAAUAACAUCACUGUAGAUGGUAUUCUUAAUAUAGCAAAUGCUAUAAGCACCUGUCCGAAUAUCAUGCAUAUCCAGGUCAGUGAUAGUGGGAACAUUGCAACAGUUCAAUUUUUCACAGGCUCAACAAUCACCCCAAUUAACAGGUCCUCCGGGUCCUUAUCACCUUUGAUGGAAUGUGAAGGCAAUCACGAGGCACUACUCAGGAAACUCAGUCUUGUGAACUGCAAAUUAGCAGCACAGCAUGUUCAAGCUCUCUGCCGAAUCCUACAGUGCUGCCCCCAGCUGGCAUCCCUCGACUUGUCCGGCAAUGAACUGAAAGACCAUGGUUUAAGAAGAUUCAUUGAAAUCCUACCGGAUUUUCACAUUUCCAAACUGAUUAACCUCAGCAACAACGGCAUCUCGAAAGAUGGUGUUCUCUGCUUGGCAUCAGUCCUGAAGAAAUGCCCCAAGGUGUUUGAGAUUGAAGUGAGCCUGAUCCAUCCCCAGACAGUGUUACUUAAAUUAGCAGAAUGGCAAGAAGACACUGAAUUGAGAGAUGAACGGAAGUCCCCACUGGUAGAUUUUAGAUUGAGUUACACUGGAGAUUCAAAGAUCGUGCCUGCACCAUUGAGAAAACUAAGUCUGACCAACUGUUGUUUUCAAUUGGAACAUUUGGAAGAGCUGGGCUCUACACUGGAGAACUGCAAUGAUGUAGCAGAGCUGGACUUAUCGAAUAACUCCCUCGGAGAAAUGGGAAUCAAAAAGUUGGUUGAGCUGCUACCAAAGCUGCAUGUUUCAAAACAAAUAAACAUCAGCAAUAAUUUCAGCUCAUUGGCUGGAGUCCUUUGCUUGGCUGGAUGUCUGAACAGGUUCAAAGACAUAACUGAGGUGACAAUAAGUUUGGGGAAGAGUGGAAAAGGAUUAAUCAAGUUCCAUGAAAAAUACAGAUUUCAACAGGAACAAGAAUUCGAAGAGCCAUCAGAAAUCUUGUCAUUUGGAACUAAGUAUGGAUAUAAGGAUUUAUGUGUGCCAAAGAAAUUUAGACUUGAAGAAUGUGAAAUGGAUGGGGAAACCAUGAGAAAUCUUUGCUUGAUACUUGAACAGUGUUCUGGACUUACAGAGUUUGACUUGUCAAAUAACGCACUGAGUGAUGAGGUUAUUGCAGAACUACUGAAUCAUCUACCAGACCUACAUGACUUGAAGAUUUUGAACAUUACAGAUAACAUUAUUUCACCAGACGCUAUCCUUUUGCUGGCUAAUUCUCUGAACAUCUGUGAAAAUGUUCUGGAAGUAGAAGUGAGAGCGAGUGGGAGAGCCUCAAUAAGCCUGAUGAAGAAAGCUUACAGACUUGAAGAUAAUGGGAAAAAAACAAAACCUCCUUGCUCACGGAUUCUCAGUCUGAAGGAGUGUAACCUGGGCAAAAGGAGUGUGGAAAAACUAUUCGGGAUUCUCGAAUGUUGCAAGGACCUGACUGAGCUAGACCUGUCAUGCAAUUUACUUGGAGAUGAAGAGUUGCAGUGUCUGCGGGAUUUCUUACCAAAGCUGCAUGUUUUAAAACUAAUUGAUGUUAGCAACAACAGAAUCUCACCUGCUGCUGCUCUGUACCUGGUGGAAUCUCUCAAUACUUGCAGCAGUGUGGUGGAGGUUGAAGUGAGCUUGUCUUCACAUGGAAGGUCCCUUAUAAAGUUUGCAAAGAGAUGUGAAAAUAAAGUGUGUAGUGUGAAGGAAUGCAGAUUUAAAGAGGAAGAGCUGUUGAAAUUCUUCUCAAUUAUUGAAUGGUGCAGCCAUCUGACAGAACUGAACCUGGCCGGCAACAUGAUGGGGGACGAGGGCCUGCGAAAUCUGGUGGAAGUCGUAACCAAUCUCAAAGACUUAAAGGAGCUCAACCUGCAGAGGAAUGGAGUUUCUCUUGUUGCUGUGAAAGGCCUCUUAAUUGCACUAAAGGAUUGCCCUAAAGCACUAAUGGUCAGGUUUGAAGAACCGUGGAUAUAUGAUGAAGAUGCUGCUAAUCUUGUGCAGUGUGCCUGUUCCCAUUUGAAUAUCGCAGACAUUGGGAUAAAGAACAAUAACGUUUUAAUAAGGCUGGUGGAUUAUGGUUGGCAAUCUGCUGAGAUGCUUCGGUCUAACUAUGACAGCACCAGAAUGGACACUGGAGCACAGAAUUCUUCUCUGCGAUUAAUCAGUUUGUACCAGUGUGGAAUUGAAGCUCCUCAACUUCUUCAUCUUGCACCCAUCGUUAAACAGUGCCCACACUUAUUGGAGUUCCAUUUAUACCGAAACAGCAUUGGCAACAAAGGAGCAGAAACACUGGCUGAGAUCCUUCCUGCUUUCCAGGGUCUGAAGAAGCUGAGCCUUGAAUCCGUUGACAUAAGUUCUAAUGGGAUGGUGAAGCUGGCAGCAGGACUUCGCAAAUGCCACAGCAUCGAGGAGAUAAACUUGUCACAAAACGAACUGGGAUUGGAGGGAGUUUCUGAACUCGGGAAAACCCUACCAGGCUUGAAGCAGCUGAAGAAGAUCAACUUGUCUAGAAUCUCUACAGCCGCUGGUUUGGUUGGAACAAAUAUGUUGGCUGAAGGGCUCCGUGACUGCACAAGACUGGAAGAGAUAAACUUGGAUUCCUUGAUGCUGAAGGACAGUGGUGCACAGCUAUUAGCUGAAGGAAUACUAAGAAUGCCGUGUCUGAAGAAACUAAAUUUGAGGUGUAAUUCCAUUGGUUGCAAAGGGGCAAUGCAUCUUGCAAAUGGACUGAAAUGCAGCACUGCGAUUGUAGAAAUAGACUUAUAUGGAAACUGUAUUGAGGAUGUGGGCGCGUUGAAACUUGCAGAUAUAGUGCCCAAUAUGAAAAGUUUGAAGAUGCUGAACUUGACACAGAACAGCAUCACAGCAGCUGGUGGAGAGGGGCUGGCGCAAGCUCUUACUCAAUGCCCAUCAGUGGAAGAGAUUCACUUGUCCAUAAACAAGAUUGGUGAUCAAACUGCGAAGAAGUUGGCUGAAGCACUGUCGAAGCUGCCCUGCUUAAAGAUUCUGAACCUUCAUUCCAGUGAACUCACCGCUGAUGGUGGAGGAAGCCUGGCACGGGGUCUUAUGCUGUGCCCAAGUAUUGAAGUGAUAAGUUUACCUGAAAAUCGCAUUGGGAACAAAGGGGUGAUGGAUCUUGCAAUGGCACUACGAAAAAUGACGUCUUUAAAAAAGCUGGACCUUCAGUUGACCAGGUUUGAUGACAGCGUGGCAGAGGACCUUGCAGCCGGACUUGUCUGCUGUCCCAAUAUUGAAGAGGUCAUCUUAUCGUGGAAUAAUAUCAGUGAUGAGAGUGCAGUGAGGCUGGCUGAUGCCCUACCGAGAAUGCGGGGUUUAAAGAAACUAGAUUUGGAAGGAAACAAAAUCACAGCAGCUGGAGCAGAAAAGCUAGCAGCAAGUCUACGCCAGUGCUCGUUCAUUGAAGUAAUUCGGUCAACAAAGAGAACAUGGUCAUUAACCAGAUGUUACCUCCCUGUUCAUACAGGUUGUGGAAGAACAAAAUAUCCAAGGACAGGGAACAGAGCCUUCACGAACAGGAUUCCAGAUUAAAUUUUCUCCCGGUUUAGGACUGCACUUAUAACACAGGGGGGCCUUCCAGGCUACUAAUAUUAAAGUCACCUGUAGAGUUAACAACAUUUAACAGAACUUUGCACUACUUUAUGCACUUUGUCUGCAAUGGUUUUUAAAUGAUAUUUAUUGUAUUUAUUUUAAAACUUUUGUUAAUUUUGCAGGGCCAACCAUCUGAAUAAAAACAUUUGCACAUGUUAA